AUGGAGACGGCCCGGGACUGCGCCGGAGCCCUGCUCAGGCCCCUGACGUUCAUGGGGUCGCAGACAAAGAAGGUGCUGUUCACACCCCUCAUGCAUCCCGCUCGCCCCUUCCGUGUCUCCAACCAUGACCGGAGCAGCCGCCGAGGGGUGAUGGCCAGUAGCCUGCAGGAGCUCCUCAGCAAGACCCUGGAUGCGCUGGUGGUCGCCAGCCAACUGGUCACCUUGGUGCUGGAGGAGGAUGGCACUGUGGUGGACACAGAGGAGUUUUUUCAGACCCUGGGGGACAACACACACCUCAUGGUCCUGGAGCAGGGGCAGAAAUGGACACCGGCUAGCAACCACACCCCAGCCCUCCGGCCGCCUCAGAGACGAGGCAUCGCGAAAAUCACCUUCGACUUGUACAAGCUGAGCCCGAAGGAUGUCAUUGGCUGCCUAAAUGUGAAGGCCACCAUGUACGAGAUGUAUUCCGUGUCCUACGACAUCCACUGCACAGGGUUCAAGGCCAUGCUCAGGAGCCUGCUACGGUUCCUGUCUCACGCUGCCCAGGUGACUGGCCAGUGUCUUGUCCACAUGGGCACCUACAUGCUCCAAGUGCUGGCUGAAACCGAGGAGCAGGUGGUGCCUGGUUCGCGCCCUCGGAGAGGGAUCAAGAGUGGAUAG